AUGAAAGACUUUGCAGGUGCAAAAUGGUCUGCAUUAAAAGCUCAAGCUUUUUACCCCCAGCUUGAAGGCAUCGCUCAAAUGGUGGCCACUUUUGAAAUACACGCAGCUUCCAACACCAAAAUCAACGGGGAAAUCGACCUUUAUUCAGUUCUUGGAUUAAACCCAUCUGCAGACAAAUCCACACUGAAAAAACAGUACAAAAAGAUGGCUGUCCUUUUACACCCAGAUAAGAACAAAACCAUUGGAGCCAAUGAAGCCUUCAAGCUCGUUUCAGAAGCAUGGACUGUGUUGUCCGAUAAUACAAAAAGAAACAUAUACGAUCUGAGAAGAAACAAGAACUUAUUAGCCAUGGUUGCACCUCCCAGACUUGACACGUUUUGGACUGUGUGCACAUCGUGUCGAGUCCAGUAUGAAUAUCUUCGAAAGUAUGUGAACAAAAGAUUAUCAUGUAAGAACUGUCGUGGGGUUUUUGUCGCCGUUGAAACGGGAGCUGUUCCAGUUACGUAUUGCCCAUGGUCGUAUACUGUAGAUAACGGGGUAGCAAGCCAUACACACGGGUCGGGUUUGGGUUUUCAUUCUGGAUAUGGGCCCGAGUUCACCAACAACGUCUCGUUUCAGUGGAACACCUGUGCUAUUUCUGAUCCUAACGGGUUCUCCUACAAUUCCGUGAACACUGUUCUUAACGGAAAAGUCGCCGGAGCAAAAGUGAACGGAAAUGGUGAAAUCCCGAUUGGUAAGGUUGGCAGAGCUCCGAAAAAACGAAAGAAUGAAGUGGGUGAUGGGAAUGGUGAAAUGGGUUCAUUUACAGAACCAGAUGCGGUGGUUGCUGCCACGUGUUUUGAUGCCAGAAAGUUAUUGAUUGAUAAAGCAAGAUCCGUGAUUCGUGUCAAAUUAGAAGAGAUGAAGUUGGAUUUAAAGGCUGAAAAGAAGGGGAAAUUAACGAAGAAAACUAUAGUUGUACCCGACCCGGAUUUCCAUGAUUUUGAUAUGGAUAGAUCAGAGGAAGUGUUCAAAGCGAAGCAAAUAUGGGGGAUUUAUGAUGAAGAAGAUGGAAUGCCUCGGCUUUACUGUUUGAUUCGCCAGGUUUUGUCUGUGAAACCGUUUAGGGUUUAUAUCAGUUAUUUGAAUUCAAAAACGGAUUCGGAAUUUGGUUGUUGUAAAUGGAUUGAAUCUGGAUUCACGAAAUCGUGUGGAAAUUUUAGGGUUUUUCAUUCGGAUGUUGUUGAUCAAGUCAACAUUUUUUCUCAUCUUUUGGGGAGAGAGAAGGCUGGGAGAGGUGGUUGUGUUAGGAUAUACCCGAAAUCCGGCGACAUAUGGGCGGUGUACCGGAACUGGUCGGAAAAUUGGAACCGCAAAACACCAAAAGAGGUGGUGCACCAGUACAAAAUGGUGGUGGUUCUUGGUGAUUAUUCCGACGAACGUGGUGUUUGUGUGGCGGAUCUGGUGAAGUUAGAAGGGUACAAAACGGUGUACAGGCGGAACCCUAAUGAGAAUUCGGUUCGGUGGAUUUCAAAGAGAGAAAUGUUGCGGUUUUCACAUCAGGUUCCAUCUUGUUUGUUACAAGGUGAAGGUUUGAAUUUGCCAGAUGGGUGUUGGGAUCUUGACCCUGCCGCAACACCGGAAGAGCUGCUUCAGGCGGCGAUGGAGGAAACGGCCGCCACCGCGGCGGCUGUGAAUGGUGGUGGAGGUGGCUGA